AUGGGACAUAAGACGAUCCUGGACUUAAACCACUAUGGUUUCUAUGAGUUACUUAAACAAAUAAAAAAAAAUUGUGAACAAAUAAACCCGCAUGAAACACUGGAAGAAAUUAAGUACCGUGAUUUCAUAAAUUUUAUCAGGAGCUGCAAACAGUUUCAAGUUCUGUUUUAUAUGUGGGAUAAAGUCUUGUACAGACGAUUAUUUAUACCCUAUUUAACUUUCGCGAGUGACGUAUACAUCGACUUCGAUGAACUUUACACACGACUUAAUAGCUUCACCCCCAAGAUAAAGGAAACCUAUUAUAGAUCCGUAUAUCUUGCUAUUCAAGAGAAUGAGAACUUGAAGACUGUUGAGCUGAAAUACCAUGCAGAAAAAUAUUACAGUGAGCACAUGGAGGUAUUUUCAUUUGUAAUGAAUGAGCUUAGGAAAAAGAAGAGUAUAGAAGUUUUAAAGCUCGAUAAUCCUGUGUACACCAUCGAUGACCUUUCGGGAUUCGGAAACCUCAUUGAACUCAUUUUACAUGCGAGAGUGGACGUUGAAGAGUUUUGUAGAUGCUGCUCCAAUAACCGAAACUUGAGGAAACUUACUGUUCUCAGCAACGAUCUGAUGGGAGGGCGCUUGGCCAAUAUUGCACAAUAUUGCAGUCAAGUGAGGCGAUUUGAAUUUGAAAUGAAACCCGACUGCGAUGCCUCAGAAUAUGCACCACUGGCCAAAAUGUCCAUGCUGGAACAGUUGAAGAUUUCUGGAGUACACGAACCGGGCACCUUAAAGCCACUUUUUCAAGCACUGGCCAAUAGACAAUCCAAGGCAUUUACAAUCCUAUCCAUUGAUAAUGCUCUUUUAAAUUUUGAGGACACAACGGCUUUAUCUCAGAUCGAACUACUAAGGGACUUAAGAUGUGGCUUUGUGGACCCCCAAACAUAUGUGCAGAAUUCUUAA